CUCCCACUCACCUUCCAUCUCCCAACACUUUCCUUUUCGUUGCUUCGGUACGAGCCAAAUUGUGCCCUUCUGAACAGCGAAAUAUGCAUUCUUUAUUAGGAUUAGUACUUGGAAGUAUUCUCGGGGCUGCAUAUGUUAAUGCAGGUCCCGUCUACAAGCGUGUUAAUGGCAAGCCUGUAGUUUCGUUUUCUCUGGGCCGUGCCGAGGAGGAUCCCGAGUUCGUUCUCGAUGUCAGCAACAGAAAACGUGCAGAACAGUUUCCAGUAAUUAAUUCUACUUUUGACAGAAGUGGAAGUUACUUUACCAAUCUUACGAUCGGUAACCCUUCUAAGCAGUAUUCCUUGGUUAUGGAUACUGGUAGUCCUUACACAUGGAUCACUGCUUCUAACGUCACUAGCUUUAAUACUAGUGAGGUUGGUUUGUCGUACACUGAUGGGUUGAACACGUCCGCUCUUCGUGAAGGUGUUUGCGGUACAUAUCAAUGCUACAACUACACCAGUACCACGCUUGAGGUUACAAACUCAAGCGUGGUUGGUUUCCUCAGCACAUACGGUGACAACACUACCGUUGUCGGUUUCAAUGUUGUCGAUGAGCUUGACAUUGGAGGACUCAGUUUAAACAACUUUGAGUUCGGCCUUGGUACACGUGAAUUUGUUAGCGAGGACGUCCCCGUCACCGGAGGUAUCCUCGGUCUGUCUCCCCCCAUCUCUAUCUAUGGUAUUAGCGAUACUAACCGCUUGGUGGACUUUGCUGCUCCGACUCUCUUGGAGCAACUGAAGACUGCCGGAAUUGUUACUUCCACUGCUUUCAGUCUUUCUUUGGACUCCGCUGGCGGUGAGCUCGUUAUCGGUGGUUAUGACACCGAUAAGUACACCGGUGAUAUGCACUGGUUGAGCAUUUCGAACAGUGGCAGUAACUCUUAUUACGGAGUCAAAAUCGCCUCUAUGUCCAUCAACACUGCGAACACUACUUCUACAACUUCGAACAGUGCUCUUAGCAACUUCCAGAAGCGCAACACCAUCUCCACUUCCGUCUCCAUCAAUGACAUUAUCAUUCUCGAUAGUGGCACUACUCUUGUGUACAUUCCUUCCGAUGCUUUGGAGGCUAUCGUUAAUGCCUAUGGAGGCAUUCUUGACACAAGUUCUUACGCCUAUGUGUUGUGUGAUUCCAUUAGUGAUGAAGACACGAUCACUUUCCAAUUCAACAAUAACGCCUCCUUUAACAUUUCCGUUAACGACAUGGUGUUCUACCGUGACAACUCCCAGGGCCAAGGUAUCUGCUACCUUGCCUUCAUUCCCACAACGGACACUUACAUCUUGGGUCAAUACUUCUUGAGACAAGUAUACACUGUCUAUGACUGGGAUGCUCAAUUGAUUGGUCUUGCUUCCAUUCAAAACUCAACCUCUUCCAACGUUAUUGAUAUUGCAAGUGCUGUUAGCUCUAUUGUUUCGACCACGUUCAGCACCACCUAUGCUUCUCAUACUUAUGUUAGCUCGGUGGAUGUCCUCUCUAGUGGAUCUGGUGAGCCCGAAGCGACUGCUACUUCGCAAGUUGGUGUCACCACUUCUGCUGUUCACACUACGUACACUUCUCCUUUAACUGCUACUACUCAUACCACCGCUACUGGUAGCGGUGCAGUUUCUUAUGGCUUCCGUUUUGGUGUGGUUGGUGCAGUUCUUCUUCUUUCCUGCCUUGUUAUGGCCUAAUCAAUUAUAAUUUGACCUCACAAAUGCAGGAACGGGGAUCAAUUAAGCAUUAUAACACAUCGUUGUUUUGCAUGCUGUUGACGGCUAGCAAGAAGGAAGUUUAACUCUCGUUUACAAAGAUCAUGGUGCCUUUGCACUGAGUUGCGGGCACAGAGUCUCGUGUUGGUUUGAAGCACUCUUUUUUUUUUUCGUUUCUAUUUAUCAAAUGACACCUAAUGCUUCAAGUGAAGCUGCUAGUGAUUUAGCCUAUUUCUCUUUUUAUGUUAUGUUUUAAAAUUUCAUUAAAUAGAUCCUCUCCAUUUCUGAAUUAUUAUUGGUACGGUGACGUUCAUAGGUGUGAAUAUGGAUGGAACAAAAUUUACUACCGCCAAUAGUUGUGGUCUAAUUACUCGGUCAU